AUGUCCACUCCUUUCGUCACGACUACUCCUUUCCCCAACACUGUUAUCACAGGAAAUGCUGCCCAUGUGUCUUUCCUUUCCAUUGGUGAAACCAACACCAUGGCCGACUCCAAGAAUGACACGAUGCACCAGCUGUCCCAGAUUCCUGACUUCAGCGACGCUGAGAUGCAACUUCUUCUCAACAGUGUCGGAAAUGAAGACACCUGGAAUGAACGUGUUACUGAACUCGCUCAAAGCUCACUGUCUCCUCCUAAGGAGCCAUGGGAGCCCCUUCCUGAAUUUAUCAAUCCUGCUUUUCUCUUGGCUUCCUCCGACUCCUCGCAGAAUUCUUUGAUGGAUUCGGUCUGGUCGAAAGGUCUAUCUUCGGAUGGACACACCGACGAAACUUUUCCGGUCCCAGAUCUGGUAGAUAAUACCCAUCGCGUCGACAAUUCGCUUUCGGCUCCCCUCCCCACCUGUGACAACCCAGCUGCGGUCCACAAAAAGCCUGUGUCAAACCUUCACAUGCAGCAAAUGACAUCUCAUUCUGGCAACUCUAAGCCUGCUCGCCCCCAGUCUGGCCGUAAAUCUGGCCGCAAGUCUGGUCCUCGCCCUCGGACUGAUACCACUCUGGAUACUCUCCCUCAGUCUAAUCGCCCUCAGCUCAACCCUCAGCUUGGUGACCCUCGACUUGCAGGCCGUCAGCUUGGUGACCCUCGGCUUGCCAAUCCCCAGCGUGCCAACCCUCAGUCUGGUACCCCUCAGCCCGGCAACCCGCAGCUUGGCCACCCUCAUCGUGUCAGCCCUCAGCAUGUACACCCUCAACAUGCCAACUCUCAGCGUGCCAACAACCCCCAGCGUGUGAACAUUCAGCAUGGCAACAUUCAGCAUGGAAACCCUUACCUUGGUAACCCUCAGCAUGUUUACCCUCAGCCUAGCAACCCACAACUUGGUAACCCUCAUGUUGUUUACCUUCAGCCAGUCUACCUUAAUCCUGGUGACCCUCAGCCCGUUUACUUCCAGUCUGGCAAUCCUCAUCUCGGUGCCCCUCAGAGUGGAAGCCCUCAGUAUGCCAACCCUCAGCGUACCAAUUCUCAGGGUGCCAACUCCCAGCGUGCCAAUUCUCAGGGUGCCAACUCCCAGCUUGUCAACCCUCAACUUGCCAACCUUCCACUUGGUCCUCAGUCUGGUAACACUCUGGCUGGCUACCCUCAGCCUGGUUACCCUCCCGCUGUGUACAAUAACCAGGGUGCUUACUUCCCACAGGCUGAUCAUGCCCAGCCAGCCCAGCCUCCAUAUGGGCCCAGCUUCCCUGUCCAGCCAGAUGAGGUCUCUAUGGGAAUGUACGGCUUGCCACCAGCUCCAUAUACCCAGGCUCAACACCAGAAUACCAGACAGAUGACACCUCCAAUGGGCGCUCUGCCGACUCCUCCCACGAGUUCUCCUGCGAAUUCUCUCCCUGGUUCUUCCGCCAGGCCCUCCAUGAGUCCUCCCAGAGGACACCCUGUUGGACGUCCCGUGAACCCACAACAGGCCGUCGUUGGACCGGGCGCUGUGUCGAUGGCUCCACCACCAGCGCUUGUACAAAAACCCGUGCCAAAGCCUGUACCUGCACAGAUGAUGCCCCGCAGGAAGCGCCCCUUCGAAUUUAUCAACUGGAGGGCGCCGCCGGGCUUCCAGGCCAACCCUGAAAACCACGGCCGGUGGUUAGUGGAUGAGAAAGGUAGGCGCUUGUACCUCAAUCGGCCCGAGCACAAGAAACGGCGCACCAAGUAG